CUGUCAACCUCCACCAUCACUCUCCGUCUUUCGAUCUGUAUCGACCUGCACUCGACUUCGACCAACCACCCCUGAAGCACGACACCGGUCCGUUUUUGACCAUUUCGACAUCCGAACCGAUACCUGACCCAGUCGCGACACAGAAACUCUCUUCCACUGCGCAGACCAACGGCCAGCUGACGCUAGACUUUCCCCAACUUUACCUCACCCCCCCCCCAACAAUCCACGAUGUCAUCGAGAAAGAAGGUCCUUCUCAAGGUCAUUAUCCUUGGCGACAGCGGUGUCGGCAAGACGAGUUUGAUGAACCAAUAUGUCAACAAGAAGUUUAGUGCAAGCUACAAGGCCACUAUCGGCGCCGAUUUUCUGACGCGCGAGGUUCUCGUCGACGACCGCCAGGUGACGAUGCAGCUGUGGGAUACGGCGGGACAGGAGCGCUUCCAGUCGCUGGGCGUGGCCUUUUACCGCGGUGCCGACUGUUGCGUGCUUGUUUACGAUGUCAACAACUCGAAGAGCUUCGAUGCUCUGGACAGCUGGAGAGACGAAUUCCUGAUCCAGGCUUCGCCGCGAGACCCCGAUAACUUUCCAUUUGUCGUUCUUGGGAACAAGAUUGAUGUCGAGGAGAGCAAGAGAGUGAUCUCGACCAAGCGCGCGAUGACCUUUUGCCAGUCCAAGGGUGGAAUCCCAUACUUCGAGACCAGCGCAAAGGAGGCCAUCAACGUCGAGCAGGCGUUUGAAGUCAUCGCGCGGAACGCCCUCGCCCAGGAGGAGUCUGAAGAGUUCAGCGGGGACUACCAGGAUGUCAUCAACAUCCCUAUCGAGAACCCUCGGGACGGAUGCUCUUGCUAAGUAGGCGCCGGUUGAGUCGGUUGAUGUCGGGCGAGAAGAGAAAUUAGGCGGCACGCAGUAUCGGGGCCCGCCCAAUUUGCAUUAUGUUUAGUCCAUGGCCCUUUUCCACAUAUUUAUUUUGGCCUUGGCUUGAUGUAGCAUAUCCUGCGCUGGUGUGAAC